GUCGUCGUCUUUGUCCAAACUUGCUUUAUAAUUAUUGGGGUCUUCAGCUCAUCAGAAACCCAAGGCCAUACAUUUAACGAUCAAGCCGCAGCUCGGUAAUUUUCCGGCGAUCUUCAUUUCCUUUCUUGUCCCGGACUAGUGGGUUGGGAGAAAAGAAUGGAGAUGGAGUGGAACUUGGCACAAAACAUUGUGAUAGGCCUAGACCUUGUGGCUGCAGCCAAGCAGCAACUUGAUUUUCUCGGCGCCGUUGAUAGGAAUCGCUGGCUGUAUGAAGGCCCUGCUCUUGAUAAGGCCAUUAAUAGGUACUAUACAUGUUGGCUUCCAUUGUUGGCAAAACAUUCUGAGUCGCCUUUUUUUGAAGGACCUCUGGUCGUUCCUCUUGAUUGUGAAUGGGUUUGGCACUGCCACAGGCUCAAUCCAGUUCGGUACAACUCUGACUGCAAGCAAUUAUAUGGAACAAUCCUUGACAACCGUCACGUGGUUUCCUCGAUCAAAGGAACGCGAAAUGGGCAAACUGAAGAUGUCUGGAAACAGCUGUACCCAAGUGAACCAUAUGAGCUGGACUUAGUUAGAGCAAUUUCAGGUGAGCAGGAGAAAAUGUCUGAGCUCACAAAGUGCAGUGAUUAUGACUUAGUUUCAGCUGUUAAAAGGCAAAGUCCAUUUUUCUACCAGGUAUCAAGAGCUCACAUGAAGAGUGAUCAGUAUCUUGAAGGGGCCGUGGCAAGAUAUAAAGGAUUCUUGCAUUUGAUCAGAAGAAACAAAGAAAGAUCCAUCAGAUGCUUCUGUGUUCCAACUUAUGACAUUGAUCUUAUAUGGCACACUCAUCAAUUACAUCCCAUUUCUUACUGCAAAGACCUUUUGGAAUCACUUGGAAAGAUUUUAGAGCAUGAUGAUACUGAUUCGGACAGAACAAAAGGGAAUAAAUUGGACACAGGGUUUUCUAACACUGCCAAACAUUGGGAAGAAACAUAUGGGUGUAGAUAUUGGAGAGCAGGGGCAAUGUACCGAGGCCAUGCACCAUUACCUCUGGCAAUUAAUUAUCACUCUCCCGACUAUGUAACCAAGAAGGUAGUUAUGGCCCAUACACACCAGAGAUCAUUGCAUCUGCCUGAAAGAAGGUUUCUUGAGGUAAUGUUGGAGUUUGUAGGCUUAAGAAAUGUACCAGAAGACCAUAAAGGGAGGUUCUUUGUCUUUUUCAGUAAAGAACAGCCUGAUCAAAUCUUCAAUUCAACGAGGAGUCUUAAUAUAUUCUCUGAGAGCGGGGAAAAGCAGGUCGCUUGCUUUCAAUGUCAAGCCAGUGGGAAAUUGCUCUUUGAACUUAAGAACCAGUCAUGCUCCAAUCUACCAUUAUCAGAACCUGUCAAAACUAUGGGUUCUGUUUCUGUCUCUCUGGAGGAGUUAUUAUCCCCAGCCACAAAUCUCUCUAUGGAGAAAUGGCUUGAAUUGGUUCCAAAUUCUAAGAUGGCAUUAUCAAAGCCUAUUCUUUUAAGAGUUGCAAUCUCCGUUACAACGCCAUGUAAAGCACCAUAUGUGCUUCACAUGAUUCGCUCUCGACCGUUUUUGAAAAGUUCUUGCCUUUUCCCUCUCCCUGGAACGGGUCAAAAUUGGACACGCAUCAUAGGUGAAGAUGGUGACGAGAUCAUCAGCAUGCAAAUGAGGGAUUUCAAUAAAUCAAAGAGGAAGUCAGAUUUGAUGUUGGGGCAAGAAGUCAUUGCUGUAACUAAAUCUGGCGAAAUACAAACUGUUGCUGAAUUGAAAGGGAGAGAAUGGUCACUGAUAGAUGCGGAGUGGUCAUUUUGUAAUCACAAAAACAGUGAUGAUGAUCGUCACAUUGCUAGGUUGACGGGUCCUCGAAUUAUAAAGUAUUUCCCUGGCCGGAAACUAGAAUACCAGCCCAAGCAGCAGCAUUGUGGGAAGCAAAGAAGUGAAAAUGAAUUUAUGACUGCUGUAGAGUUCUCGGCUGAAAACCCAUAUGGCAAGGCAGUAUCAAUGGUCGACUUGAAAUAUGGACUUAUCAAUGUGAAAGAAGAGUGGUUACUUCUGCCUGGAAUGGUGUGUGCUUUUAUACUCUGUGACAUUAUAAGAAAGGAAGGCUGUGAUAGCUUUUCAGCAAUUGGCCAAAGUGUGAACGAUAAGAGUUCAAGUCGAGGUGGUGGUUCAGGCAAUGACAUGGAGGCACAGACCCUGGUUGCCAAAGACAUUCAAGCAGGAGGAACAUCGGGUGGAGGCUGUGGUGGAAGUUGUGGCGGAGGGUGUGGAUCACUGUUGAACAGUGCGGCUUGUGGUGGCUGUGGUGGUGGUUGUGGUGGAGGGUGUGGAUCUCUGUUGAAAAGUGGGGCUUGUGGUGGCUGUGGUGGAGGUUGUGGAGGCUGUGGUGGUGGUUCUCUACUGAAAAGUGGCGGUUGUGGAGGCUGUGGAGGCGGUUGUGGAGGCUGUGGUGGUGGUUGUGGAUCAAUGACUAUCACUAGGACAACAACAUAGAAGCAACCAAGGCUAUUCACAAGCCUACUUUCAUGUCCUUGUUAUCAGACAUUAUAUAUCACAGAAAGUUUGUCCAGAACAAAAAAAAAGGUGGGGCAUGGGAUAAAAUUUGGAUGCACUAUUGCAAGAUCCAACAUUUGCACAUGUAUAUAUAAGAAACAAUAAGUUGGAGUUACGUUGUAUAUAUAUGCUUGAUUAGCCUUUUAAUUUUUUUUCUUUAUUGUUGUGUGCUAUUUGGAAAUAAUGAAUUUGAGUUAUAUGA